UUUUUUUAAAUUAUUUAAUCUUCCGACUCUGUUUCUUUAUUUUAACUUUUUUUUUUUUGCUAAAAAUAGAAAAAUAGAGUAAAAAAUAUACACGAUUUUAAGUGAAAUAGAGACGUUGAAGAACAUAUAAAACAACAAAAUGAUUAUAUCAUAAUUUGCUCUGUUUUUUUUUUUUUUUUUUUUUAAUUUUAAUUGCCAACAAGAAAACCAAAAUACAACGAAACUCGGAUGACAUAACACAUCGCAAAACAACAUCACACAGACACAAACGAAUUUCCACUGCGUUAUCUAAAAAAGCCUAUCUUCCAUCUCCAUCUCCAUCUCCAUCUCCAUGCACCCUCUGCCCCCAUUCAUCAAACAAGUGUCACCACCCUCACCGCCUUUCUGCCGCCUGUCCAUCUCCGCCACUUUAAAACAACCCUCAAGUCCUCCCUGUCAUGACACAUCACUCUCACACAAACACACACUCUCUCUCUCUCUGCAUUAAUUAUUCAUCACCAGAAAUUACACAGAACCACCACCGUCCAUGGCGGAAUCGAUGCAGCAGCUGCCACCGCAACUCCGACGAGUCACCGAGGGCACCAAGAGCCUCUUGCCGGAAAAGGGACCUUCCGCUUCCCAAGUUCUGGCAGUGAUCACCCUCGUUCCCCUCGGGGGGGUCCUGCUCUUCCUGGCUGGCUUGGCUCUCACCGGAACAGUGAUAGGCCUAGCCGUGGCGGCGCCACUGAUCGUGAUUUUCAGCCCCGUUCUGGUCCCGGCGGCGCUGAUAAUCGCCCUGGCGGUCGCUGGGUUCUUGACCUCGGGAGCUUUUGGGAUCACUGGGGUUUCGACGCUGUCGUGGAUCGUGAACUACGUGCGACGCAGCGGCGCGGGGGCGGAGGCGAAGCAGCGGGCGGAGGAGGCGGCGGCCCAGGUGGGCCAGAAGGCGAAGGAUGUGGGCCACACGGUCCAAGGCAAGGCCCAAGAGGGCCUGAGGACCUGAGAAAGGC